CUCUUCCUGUAUUCAUUAACUGCGCUUCAUUUGUUUUGCCAGGAAUGUAAAGAGUUUGGAAAGGCAGCGGAAGUGCUAAUCCGUGGACCGUAGAGCGGCUGUGGGGAGAGAACUCCGGUGCCAUGAUGUGGGCUCGGCUGAUAGUUGGAGUCGGGGGUUCGGGGGUCGGACUGCGGGCUUCCAGGGCAGGUUUGGAGCGGGUGGUCGGAGCCGCAUGUGCAGGGAGGAGGCAGCAGCAGAGACAGGCGUCCAGUACAGAGGCCGCUGUCAGGAAGACUCCGCUCUUUGAGUUCCACAAGAAGCAUGGUGGGAAGAUGGUGGAGUUUGCAGGCUGGAGUAUGCCGGUUCAGUACAAAGACAGCCACAUCGCCUCACACAUGCACACCAGAGAGCACUGCUCCAUCUUUGAUGUUAGCCACAUGUUGCAGACCAAAGUUCAUGGCAAAGACCGAGUGAAGUUCUUGGAGUCUCUGGUUGUUGCAGAUGUUGAAGAGCUAAAAGACAAUCAGGGAACGUUGACACUCUUCAUCAAUGAGAAAGGAGGAAUUAUUGAUGAUCUCAUCGUGACGAAGACUGAUCAGGGUUACCUGUAUGUCGUCUCCAACGCAGGCUGUGCCGACAAGGACUCGGCUCUUCUGAAGGCCAGACUGGCAGAGUUCAAAGCUGCAGGUUUGGAUGUAGAGCUGGAGUUUCUCGACGAAGCCCUGGUUGCUCUGCAAGGUCCGACCAUGUCUCGGGUUCUUCAGGAAGGGCUGAAGGACGACCUCAGUAAGCUAACCUUCAUGACAUCCACCCUGACCUCCGUGUUUGGGAUUCCCGGCUGCAGGCUCACUCGAUGUGGGUACACUGGAGAGGACGGUGUGGAGAUUUCUGUUCCUCAGUCCAGAAUAGUUGAACUGACAGAGAAGCUGCUGUCCAACAGUGAGGUGAAGCUGGCCGGUCUGGCUGCCAGAGACAGCCUUCGACUGGAGGCGGGGCUUUGUCUCUAUGGCAACGACAUAGAUGAGAGCACCACGCCUGUGGAGGCCAGCCUCGUUUGGACAAUAGGAAAACGAAGGCGACAGACCAAAGAUUUUCCCGGUGCUGACAUCAUUGUACCUCAGAUCAAAGCCAAGGCAACCAGAAAGAGAGUCGGUCUGGUGUCGGAUGGCCCUCCGGUCAGGCAGCACACACCCAUCCUCAGCCCUGAUGGACAAGUCAUAGGGAAUGUGACCAGUGGCUGUCCAUCUCCAUGCCUGAAAAAGAACAUCGCCAUGGGCUACGUCGAUGCAGCAUUCGCCAAGAACGGAACAGUCAUCCAGGUUGAAAUUAGGAAGAAAAACCAGCCGGCAACUGUCAGCAAAAUGCCCUUCGUCCCCACUAACUACUUCUCUGGUUAAGACACAUUCACAUGAAAAGACUGGAGCAUUCUUCUGCUUUAACCUGCAUUUAACAA